UAUUCUGACAGACUGGUUGGAGAUUUUCUGGUCAUCCAAAAAAUUAUUACUCUAUAAAUAUAGAUGAAUGCAAGGUAUUUGAACUCAGAAACACCAAACACAACAUUUUAUCAUUAGGCCUCACUAGCCAAUUGAAGCUCAAAAUGGCACAGCUUCCAUGCAUGGGAGACAAAGAUAUUGAGCUUUUGAAUUCUCAAACCCACAUAUGGAACAACAUCUUCAGCUUCAUUAAGUCAUCAUCCCUGAAAUGUGCAGUUGAGCUAGGCAUACCAGAUAUCAUCCACAAACACGGUCGACCUAUGACCCUCCUUGAAUUGGUGGACGCUAUCCCAAUCAACAAGGCAAAAGCCGGCCAUCUUGCUCGUCUCAUGCGCACAUUAAUUCAUUCUGGCUUCUUCCUCCAAACCAAUAUUCAGGGGAGUGAAGAAAGGAAGGAUGGUUAUGCUCUCGCCCCACCUUCCACACUCCUACUUAAAGAUAACCCCAUCAGUCUGAGACCUUUCUUGCUAUCCAUGCUUGAUCCUAUUCUAACGCAACCGUGGAACCAUGCCCGCGAGUGGUUUCAAAACGAUGACCCCACCCCUUUUGAUACGGCUCAUGGGAUGACGCUAUGGGACUAUGCUGGCCACCAACCGGAGUUUAACCACAUGUUUAACGAGGCCAUGGCCAGUGAUGCCCGGCUAGUUAUGAAUGUGGUGGUUAAAUAUUGCAAGGGAGUGUUUGAGGGGUUGAAUUCACUUGUUGAUGUUGCUGGUGGCACUGGAACUGUUGCAAGAACCAUUGCUGAUGCUUUCCCGGAUAUGAAGUGCACUGUGUUUGAUCUGCCGCAUGUGAUCCGAGACUUGGAAGGGACUAAGAACUUAGACUACGUUGGAGGGGAUAUGUUUGUGUCCGUUCCUCGUGCAAAUGCGCUUUUUCUUAAGUGGAUAUUGCAUGAUUGGAACGACGAAGAAUGCGUGAAAAUAUUGAAGAACUGUAAGGAAUCAGUUCCGAGCAAAGAAAAAGGAGGGAAGGUUAUUAUAAUAGACAUGGUGAUUGACAACGUGAGAAAAGACGAAAAAUCAUUUGAAACUCAGGUUUGCUUUGAUACCAUGAUGUUGAGUAUAUUGAGAGGAAGAGAGAGAGCAACAAACGAUUGGGAGAAACUGUUUUCAGAUGCUGGUUUCAGUGAUUAUAAAAUAAUUCCAAUCUUGGGACUAAGGUCUAUCAUUGAAGUUUAUCCUUAGAUAUGCAUGAACCAUUGGACAACCCUGCGGCAUCUGCAAGAAGUGGAGAAGAAUAGCAUUCCAUGCAUAAUAAUACACUGCAAUAAUUGGCUGCAAGAAGGCACAUGAAAUAAUGUUUGCUUUUUUUUUUUUUUUUUUAAUGGAUGAAAAAAAUGAUGGUGUAUGUCUUAGCUGAAAAUAAUUCCACUUCUUAAAUAUUGUUGUGGUGAUUUAUAUUUGUAAUGUAUGAAUUGUUGGGUACGUGUAUAUGACUUAUGAGUCAAUAAUUGAGUAUAUUUAAGCAUUUUA